AUGUCCCAAGCUCAAUUCGAUAAAGCUGUGGAGAUUGUUCGGCUUCCCAAGGGAGACAGUCCUAUUCAGCCCUCGCAAGAGGACCAGCUUUUUUUCUACAAGCAUUUCAAGCAAGCCACCGUUGGAGAUGUCAAUACCCCACGUCCAACUGGAUUCACUGAUUUCAAAGGUAAAGCUAUGUGGGAUGCUUGGAAUAGUGUCAAGGGAAUGUCGAAAGAAGAUGCUCAGAAGGCAUACGUAGAUAAAUUUAAAGAGGCAGGUCUUCUGAACUCGUCCAUGAUCAAUAGCGUUGUGUUUUUAAAACUGGCAGGAACCACAGAUAAAGGGAAGGACUUUAUUGCACAGGUCGAUGCGGCGCAGUAG